GAACAGAGUCAGACAGCGAAAACAUUACAGAAACGGUGAAAACGCAGCUACCGGCCCUGGGAUGUAAUAGGGACGAAUAAAACUGCAGAGUAUGGCUGCUCUUCCUCUGAACAACCUCCAGAAACAACUUGAACUGUUCACCGCAAAGGGUACUUGCAGCAAGCUCUCUCUUCAGAAGCCGAAGCCAAGUGCUUUUACAUUUAAAAAGAAAACCUCACCAGAUGGAUUGUCUUCACCUGCACUGGUUCAGAUAAAGCAUCAUGUCCCUCUCAAGGAAAAGAAUGUGAAUACGGCUGACAGCAUAAUUUCAUCACAAAACAUAUCUACCUCGCAAAAGCCUAAAGAAAAUGCUAAAAUUAAUGCAUUUUUCAACCCCAUCUGCACCAAACCACCGGAGCCCUCAAAGCAACUCCUACCUAAGAAAAACAUUCAAGGAAAUACUUCCCAAAGCACGAGUGUCCAACAAGCAGCACAGGUUUCUGAGAUAAUAGACUGCAAUUCCUCUUUUAGCUCCACACAUAACCUGGAUGAUUGGGAUGAUCUCGAUGAUUUUGACACAUCUGUGUCUCCCAAGAGUCAAAUGCUGAGCAAAACGCAGAAAUGCAGCAAAACUCGAGAGGUGACAUCUCCUAAAAGCCUGAGCCUACGCGUAUUGCCCAGUGCAAAAAGGCUCUCUGCCAGGCUUUCUUCUACAAGUGAUACAGGGGUUCCUGAAGCACCACUCAUUCUACCUGAUCAGAAGCUGGAAGUUCCAAAACCAGUUAAUGUGGCAACGGAUGACAACAAAUUAUUGGGUGAUAUAGAGGAAGCCACUCGCAAUUUGAGAGACGAUUCUGACUGUAUCUCAGAGACGCUGGCUCAAGAGUUAGUAGAUAAUGACUGUGAUGCGGAUUUUGUUCCACCGUCCCCAACAGACAGUUCUAUUUCCUCUCCCUCACUGAUUAGAAGCAUUUGUUCCCUAAAGAAGCAGUCAUUGUCUUCCGACAUUGAUACUAGUCUACCUGGACGUGUACCAGAACCACUAACGGAACAGGGUUCUUCAAAGGUUGGACGGAACGUGCCACCUGGACUUUGGGCCGUGAUGUUAGAGAUAUGUGACUUAGUUGACAAGAUCCCUCUGUCAGAGCUGAAGACGUUGUCCUACGGAAUGGAUCUCCAGAAGAAAAGGGAUAUACGGAAACAUCUCAUGUCAGAUGAAUCUGUUUUCCAUUCUUCUGCUGAUGAGGAAUCUGUGUUCACUUUAUGUCCGCAUUCAUCAUCCCCAAAGAACAGGGUGCCUGAAGGGACGCCUGCCAUUAACACGGGCAGCUCAUCAAGGGGUGAUUUAGGACAAAAGUUUAGAUUCAACUCAAUAAAUCAGCUAUCGGAUACGACCUGCCAAAUGAAGAGUGUAACCUAUUCUUCCUUCCAAGGUGUAGAUGUUGGAGAGUGUGAUCUUAGUAUUAGUGGGUUCAACACCCCGCACACUGAAAAAACAGUCCCCACAAGCACCUGUGCAAGGCCAGCCACUCGUUCUACAGACUCUGUGGACAACAUUGACCUUGACUUUGAUAUUGAUAAUUUUGAUAUUGAUGACUUUGAUGAUGUGCAAGGCAUUGAAAGUUCAGUGGCGCCUCCUGCUGCCCAUGCCCCUCAAUCACAGUACCUACCAGUAAAGGAGGCUCAAGCUUAUACAAAAGAGAACACUACAUUGUUUAAACCAUCUGGACCAACUGGCAUUUCUGGGUUAUCAGACUCUCUGCUACAGAUGCAAGUGGAGAACCCGGCUCAUGAACGUUUUAGGGGCUUCAACUUUCCCCAUUCCAAGGAAAUGAUGAAAAUUUUCCACAAAAAAUUUGGCCUGCAUCGUUUCCGUACAAACCAACUAGAGGCCAUUAAUGCGUCGCUGUGUGGCGAGGAUUCCUUCAUUCUCAUGCCAACAGGUGGAGGGAAGAGUCUUUGUUAUCAGCUACCAGGCUGUAUUUCCCCUGGAGUUACCAUUGUGAUCUCUCCCCUUCGGUCACUGAUCGUGGACCAGGUCCAGAAGUUAACCUCUCUAGAUAUUCCUGCUACAUAUCUUACCGGAGAUAAGACGGAUGCAGAAGCGGCUAGCAUUUACCUGCAGCUCUCAAAGAAAGACCCCAUUAUAAAACUCCUGUACGUUACCCCAGAGAAGGUAUGUGCAAGCACAAGGCUUAUGUCUUCCAUGCAAAAUUUAUAUGAACGUAAGCUGCUAGCACGUUUUGUCAUAGACGAGGCUCAUUGUGUUAGUCAGUGGGGGCACGAUUUCCGGCCGGACUACAAGCGUCUCAAUAUGCUGCGACAGAAAUUUCCCGCUUUGCCGAUGAUGGCCCUCACAGCCACUGCAAAUCCUCGCGUGCAGAAGGACGUUCUGAACCAGCUAAAAAUGACCAAACCCCAGAUAUUUACCAUGAGCUUUAAUAGGGAGAAUCUGAAGUAUGAAGUCCUACCCAAAAAACCCAAGAAGGUGGCUCUGGACUGUGUGGAGUGGAUCAAGAAAUUCCAUCCUCAUGAUUCCGGUAUAAUUUAUUGCUUGUCGCGAAAGGAGUGUGAUACUAUGGCCGACACUCUGCAGAAAGAAGGCCUGGCGGCUCUGGCGUAUCAUGCUGGUCUCAGUGACUCCAACAGGGAUUAUGUGCAGCAUAAAUGGAUUAAUCAGGAUGACUGUCAGGUCAUCUGUGCCACUAUCGCAUUUGGAAUGGGCAUUGAUAAGCCAGAUGUGCGAUAUGUAAUUCAUGCCUCGUUACCGAAAUCUGUGGAAGGAUAUUACCAGGAGUCUGGAAGAGCUGGUAGGGAUGGAGAAACAUCCCACUGCCUGCUGUUCUACAGCUACCAUGAUGUGACAAGGAUUCGCCGUCUGAUACAGAUGGAGAAGGAUGGGAACAGCCAAACAAAACAGACCCACUUUAACAACCUGUUCAGCAUGGUGCAUUACUGUGAGAAUGUACAGGAAUGUCGCAGGAUUCAGCUUCUGGCUUACUUUGGAGAAACGGACUUCAACUCAAAUUUCUGUAAGGAGCGCCCUCAAGUGGCUUGUGACAACUGUUGCAGGGCAAAGAAUUACAAACCACGAGAUGUGACAGAUGAUGUGAAAAAUAUCAUCAGGUUCGUUCAGAGUCACUGUUCUGCGGGACAGAGCAGGGGAAGGAAUAACUCAAACCGCUUGACUCUUAACAUGAUGGUGGAUAUAUUUCUGGGAAGUAAAUCUGCAAAGGUGCAGACAGGAAUAUUUGGCAAAGGAUCUGCCUAUUCACGACAUAAUGCUGAACGAUUGUUCCGAAAGCUGGUCUUGGAUAGAAUCUUGGAUGAAGAGCUUUAUAUUACUGUAAAUGACCAAGCAGUGGCAUACGUGCGACUAGGGGAGCGAGCUCUGAAUGUACUGAAUGGAUUCAGUAAGGUGGAGUUCCAGGACACAGAAAAUGCCAGCAGCCUAAGGAAACAGAAGUCAGCUGUUGUGGCAAACACAUCCCAGAGGGAAGAAAUGGUGAAGAAAUGCCAGGCAGAGUUGACAGAGCUCUGCAAACGUUUGGGCAAGAUAUUUGGCGUCCAUUACUUUAACAUCUUCAACACGGCUACAAUAAGGAGGAUCGCAGAGACCCUGUCUCCUGAGCCGGAUGUCUUACUGCAGAUCGACGGAGUCACAGAAGAUAAACUGGAGAAGUAUGGAGCCGAACUCAUAGAUGUUCUGCAGAAAUACUCUGAAUGGACACUUCCAGUUGAAGAUAUUUCACUGAAGUCAACAAACAGUACAUCAAGAAUGCACCAAAGCGAGGAGGAUGAUGAGGAAAGAAGUGAAACAUCCUCGUAUUUCAGCUCUAAAGGAACAAAAAGGAAAAAUGCCUCCUCUUUCAGGAAGUCAAAGAAAAGAAAGACCGGAGGAGAGGGUCAGCAGUCCCGUCCCAGGAGCAAUGCAUCCUACAACAGAAGCAAUUCAUAUACCUCCAAAGCAUCCAGUGGAUCUAACAGUGGAUCUAACAGUGGAUCACGGCCAGGAGCUGCAAAGAGACCCGGGUUCAUGGCACCACCAAUGCCACAGAAUAACCGCCGCUUCUUAAAGCCAUCCUACUCGCUCCUUUGACUUUGGAUAUAUUUGUGAUAUGUCCUAUUUUUUGCUUUUUGUACUAAAUAUUGUUAAAAAUAAUACUUUUUUUUAUAAAAGAGAACUUAUAAAUAAAUCUUUAACUUGUUAGGAAAAA